AUGAAGUGGGAGACCGGUGUCCCUCAUACCCCCGGCAGCGUGCAAGGAACAGUGGUGACAGUGGGGCCGGCAGAACUGUCAGAUCCUCAUAGCACCAGCAUCAACGAGAAGGCCCUCUUGCUCUCUAAUACUUCCGCAUCGUCCAGGAACAGUCUCAUUGUGAACUACAAGUAA